GCGCUGCUCCCGCCGGAGCGUCGCGAGUUGUUCCCCUCGCGGAGGAAUGAGGCGCGCGCCUCGCGGAACGGUGUCCCGCGCGUGCAGCGAGUUCGAGAGCGAGAGUCAUGCCGUCGUACUCCGAGCUGAGGAACACCAAUUAUUACUAUUACUGCAUUAAAUUCACGCUCAAUGUGUACUCCAUGCUCUUCUCGUUCCUGGGCCUGUGUGUGCUCUGCGUGGGAGUGUACGCUGAGACGGAGCGGCAGAAGAACCGCACUCUGGAGGGGAUGUUUCUAGCCCCCGCCGUGGUCCUCAUGUUGUUUGGCCUGGUCAUGUUCACCGUGUCGGUGGUGGGCAUGGUGGGUUCCCUGCGGGACAACAAGAUGCUGCUCCACAUGUUCCUGUGCGUGCUCUGUGUCCUGCUGGCUCUCCAGGCCCUUGCCCUGAUCAUCGCACUUAUCUUCGAGAAGAAGACCUCAGCACUGUUCCAGAGCAGCAUCCGAGAGGGCAUAAAGCACUACUAUGAUGACCUGGACUUCAAAAACAUCCUGGACUACGUGCAGGAGAAGUUCUCCUGCUGCGGUGGGGAUGAAUACAUGGACUGGGGUGUAAAUCAGUACCACUUCUGCAACGGCACCGGGCCUCUCGCUUGUGGCGUCCCAUACACCUGCUGCGUGCGACAAAAAGUUGUUGGAGAAGUAGUCAACACGCUUUGUGGCUAUAACACUCUGAAAAAAGAGCGGGUCAACCUGGAUGGAGUGAUCCACGUGCGUGGCUGCAUCCAUGCCGUCAACCUGUGGAUGGGGGACAACGUGGGUGCCACCGUGGGACUGUGCUUCGCCGUGGGGCUUCCGCAGCUGCUAGGCAUCAUCCUAAGCUGCCUUUUCUGGAACCUGCUGGUGGAGAUGAGCAAGUCGGGCGACGUGAUGGACUUCAGGAUGCUGAAGAAGACCGAGUUUGAAUACAGUGAGCUGGACCUCUCUGGCGCAGGCUGCUGCCUGUGCUUGCCCAGGGAAGGUGGCUACCUGCCUAUCCCCAGCUUCGCAUCAGAAACCUGGGCCCCAGAGCCAGUGGCAGCUACCCCCCAAAGCAUUGCACACAAGCAACCUCUCUGUCGCGCUGAAAUGCAGCUGGGGAUGCAGGGUGGGGAUGAAGUAGACAAUCAAAUCUAGCAAAAGGGACAAAAAAGCAGCUGAGCUGUUUUCCUUUCUUAUAUUAAUUUAUGUUUUUAAUUUUAUUUUUCCUUUAAAUUUAAUGGCAGGACUGUCACGUUUACAACACUAUAAUGUGAUCAACUGACAUAAAUCAUCAAAAAUGGAAGGAUGAUCUGGAUACAGGGUAAAAAAAAGAAAAAAUAUAUACUUGGUCACUUCUGAAUUGCAGACAGGCUUGCUGAACAUUCUGGGUUAUUCAGAAGCAAUCUUUCUUUUGUAAUGGUUUGAAUUUUUUUUUCCCAGAUUUUGCCUUAAUUUCAAAUGAUAUAGUCUUAGCAAAUCAACAAACAUUCUUUUGUUAUGAAUUUUUUUUCUAUUCCUUUUUUAAGACGUUUCCUUAAAUUCCUGUAAUGCAAUUUCCACUUUAUACAAUAUAAGGGCAUUUUCUGUUUAUUUCUGUUAUACUAUAGUCUUAGAACUUCCAGUGGGUUACUGUAAAUAAUGUUUAUUAAAGGCUCAUGAAGUGUAUGGAUUAUUUGUUUUUUGCUUGUAAUUGCUUACAGACGUGCGAUGGAUUAUCAGCGGUUUUGCAUUUAUAAUGAAGUGAAUGCUGACAAUGUCGAGUAGUUUAUUCAGGAGUAAGGUUAUGCUCCCUCAUUUUUAAAGACCUUGUUUUAUUGCUGUUCAUUUCCAAUUUAAGCUAAUUUGAUAUCUAGGAAAGAUCAAAACCAAUUUGUUUGAGCAAGAUUUUAUACAUUACACUUUAAUAACUGUGACCUUUACCUCAGAACUGUGGCAUUAGAUGAGCAAUACCGUCUGCCAAUAAAACAGA